AUGAAAGAGGUCGUUGAGCAGUUCAGGUGCUUGAACGUCAUCCGCCACCAGCACCCGCUCCUGUGCGAUGAUGGGGCCUGCAUCCAUCUGCAGCACCGUGUAUGCCACUGUCACUCCUGUCUCUGCCACCCCUUGCUACAUGAGGAGGGAGGGUGGGGGGAAGAUGACUUAUGGGUCAACUGGAGAGGCAUAAGCGCCCGCCCCCUCUCCUGUGCGAUGAUGGGCUCUGCGUUCACCGUCUGCACCGCGUAUGCCACUGUCACUCCCGUCUCUGCCACUCCUUGCUGGCGAGGCCAUAGGAGAUGGGAGACACGGGGGGAGACACGGGGGGAAGACACGGGGGGAAGACACGGGGGGAAGACAUGGGGGGAGACACGGGGGGAAGACACGGGGGGAAGACACGGGGGGAAGACACGGGGGGAAGACACGGGGGGGAGACAAGGGGGGAAGACACGGGGGGGAGACACGGGGGGAAGACACGGGGGGAAGACAGGGGGGGAAGACACGGGGGGAAGACACGGGGGGGAGACACGGGGGGAAGACAUGGGGGGAAGACACAGGGGGGAGACACGGGGGGAAGACACCGGGGGAAGACACGGGGGGGAGACACGGGGGGAAGACACGGGGGGAAGACACGGGGGGAAGACACGGGGGAAGACACGGGGGGAAGACACGGGGGGAAGACACGGGGGGGAGACACGGGGGGGAGACACGGGGGGGAGACACGGGGGGAAGACACGGGGGGAAGACACGGGGGGAAGACACGGGGGGGAGACACGGGGGGAAGACACGGGGGGAAGACACGGGGGGGAGACACGGGGGGAAGACACGGGGGAAAGACACGGGGGGGAGACACGGGGGGAAGACACGGGGGGAAGACACGGGGGGAAGACACGGGGGAAGACACGGGGGGAAGACACGGGGGGAAGACACGGGGGGAAGACACCGGGGGAAGACACGGGGAGAAGACACAGGGGGAAGAAACGGGGGGAAGACACGGGGAGAAGACACGGGGGGAAGACACGGGGGGAAGACAUGGGGGGAAGACACGGGGUGAGGACAUGGAGUGAAGAUGCAGAAAGUUGCAUGGCACAGAGGUGUGGUGUUGGAAAGAAGAGGCAGCAAGGAGGUGGGGGUGCGAUGGGGCAGGUGGCAUCAGGAAGGCCGCACCCCUUUCCCACUGCUUCAGCUCCCUACCCGCCUGCUCACCUCCAGUGCUCGCUGCACGGGCGACGCUCCUCUGAACUUGGGGAGCAGGCUGGGUGCCUGCUCAUGAAUGGGGGUGAAUGUUCACAGUGCCUGCUCAUGAAUGGGGGUGAAUGUUCACAGUGCCUGCUCAUGAAUGGGGGUGAAUGUUCACAGUGCCUGCUCAUGAAUGGGGGUGAAUGUUCACAGUGCCUGCUCAUGAAUGGGGGUGAAUGUUCACAGUGCCUGCUCAUGAAUGGGGGUGAAUGUUCACAGUGCCUGCUCAUGAAUGGGGGUGAAUGUUCACAGUGCCUGCUCAUGAAUGGGGGUGAAUGUUCACAGUGCCUGCUCAUGAAUGAGGGUGAAUGUUCACAGUGCCUGCUCAUGAAUGGGGGUGAAUGUUCACAGUGCCUGCUCAUGAAUGAGGGUGAAUGUUCACAGUGCCUGCUCAUGAAUGGGGAUGAAUGUUCACAGUGCCUGCUCAUGAAUGAGGGUGAAUGUUCACAGUGCCUGCUCAUGAAUGGGGGUGAAUGUUCACAGUGCCUGCUCAUGAAUGGGAGUGAAUGUUCACAGUGCCUGCUCAUGAACGGGGGUGAAUGUUCACAGUGA